AUGAGUGCGACAGGCAGCAAUGACACCACGGACAGUGGAGAGCUCCUCAUGGAGCCGUGGGCAUACAAUGUGUCGGCAAUUGUUCUCGCCAUCAUCGGUUUCUGUGGCUUCUCGUUUAAUCUAACAGUGAUUGUGAUGAUGUUUAAGGACCUGAAGCUAUGGACGCCCAUGAAUAUCAUCCUCUUCAACCUCAUCUGUUCGGACUUCUCAGUGUCCAUCCUAGGAAAUCCAUUUACAUUCGCCUCGGCUGUAAGCUGAGGGUGGAUCUUUGGGCAAACACUUUGCAUUUAUUAUGGCUUCAUAAUGGCUUUCCUCGGAAUCGGGUCCAUCACCACCCUCACUGUCCUUUCUUACGAGAGAUGCUUCCUCGUCAGCUGUCCCUUCACCACCAGUCAUCUCACCCGGAGACACGCAAUCACCGCCGUAGCUUUCAUCUGGACUUACUCAUUUAUGCUCACGUCGCCGCCACUCUUCGGCUGGGGACAGUACGUGAAUGAGGCUGCCAAUAUCAGUUGCUCAGUAAAUUGGGAGUCACAGACUCCAAAUGCCACCAGCUAUAUCAUCUUCCUCUUCUUCAUGGGACUGAUUGUGCCAGUCAUGGUCAUUUCUUACAGCUACAGCAAAAUUAUCCGCACGAUGAAACAGAAGUCAGAGCGUCUGCGGAGGACUCAAAAAUCCCAACGCCUCACUUGGAUGGUGGCCGUGAUGAUAGGGGCAUUCUUGGUCGCCUGGACGCCCUACUCGGCAUUCGCCCUGAUAGAGCAGUUCGCGUCCCCAGACAUCAUCAGUCCUGCCAUGGCUGUUUUGCCAGCACUAAUUGCCAAGUCUAGCAUAUGCUACAAUCCCAUAAUUUACGUGGGAAUGAACACUCAGUAUCGCGCAUCCUGGACAAAGUUCUUUGGUCAAAGCGUGACAAAAACCUCAAUUGAAAGCACUGUGAAUCCCACGGGAAGCACAAGCGACCAUUCGACGUACUGCCAGAUUGACUUAAAGAGAAAGAUACGCAAGAUCACAGCAAUCCCAGAAAGAUCACGACAGCACCGCGAAGCGCGACAGAAUCAGGAGCAGAGCUGCUAUGAGAUGUCUGAAAUUGUCACCAGCGACAAGAAUGCAAUCAACUCCAAGGACAGAAUGAAUACUUGCUAAUCCAUCGAAUUGAGCAACGACUCAAAGUUGAACAUUCAUCGGUUUCACCAGUUCAUUGAUGGUUAAUUGAAACAUUUGUACUGUUAAAAGGCAUUGUUCUUUUGUGUUCUGACGGAAGAUUCAUUGAGAAAAUCUUCACACUCAUUUGCAAAUAAUAAAGACGAAAAGCUACACUGUGGAGAGAAAGACCUUUUCGUGCUUCCGGCUUUUCCUGAUAUU